AAAAAAAAAAAAGAUUUAAUUUCCAUCUAUGGUUCGACUAGAGAAACUCGUCUAGUGAACAAUUAGUCAACAUACGUGCCCUCAAUAGACAAAGAAUAAUUGGGUCUCCCAGGAAAUGGUACUCAGAACCACGAACACCUGCCAUGACCCUAUCUGCAAUGAAAUUAUUCACCUAAGGAUGGACUGGUCUCAUCUACAAGAUGGUUGAGCCCUUAUUUGCUAGAUUCCUCUACCGAUGGAUGAGAAACAUUGGCUUGGAUCGAGGAUUGGCAUUAGAAGAUUUAGUCCUAUUUUAGGAUAGAGAAUUAAGAAGAGAUCCCCUCUUCGAACAUAUCCAAAGAGAAGGAUUCCAUCCCUACACUUGGAUUCUCUUCAAUAAAAGAAGAGCAAGAUUCUCAAAAGUUGAAAGAGGUGUCAGAGGAUCAACAGCUCCAGAAUGGUUAUAAGCAGAAGCAAGAGAGCGAAUAUUGGCUGAUAGCGUUUAAAACAUAUACGAAUGGGAUAAUUAUGUCUACCAAAAUUACAUGAGCGAUAUGACACCUACUGCAAGAGGAACCAUCCUUUAAAAGCUAUUGCCUCUUGAAUGGUUCCUCUUUUUCGGUCUCCUCAGAGUCGACUCUUGGGACAGAUACUUUUAUAACGAAGUUAUGUACAAGGGUCUUGAAUACUCAAAAGAAGAAUUGGCCAACAUUCCAAAACCAUUCAAAGCUCAAUUAACUACUGAAGAAGGCAGAAGACAAUUUGAAAUCAAUGUCAAUAGAUUCAUCGACCUCUAUCCUGGAUCAAUCGUUAAAGAAGGUGAAAAAUUUGACUUCCAACGAUUCUAUGCUCUUGAAGCCAUCAAUAAUAAUAGAGACUUGAGCAAAUUCGAUUCUUCCUUGGUUUCUCAACUCAAAUCUGAACUUACACAAUAAGUUGAAAAGAAAUCAGCAACCAAGGUCAAGAAAGUUAAACCAUCAUUCCCUAAUUGGUUACAUUCUGAAGGGAAAGGACUCUUAGCAUGAUAAUAAUGCAUUACAUUAAAUAUAUAAUAUAUUAUUAUUUAACCAA